AUUUGUAUCAAAUUAUUUUGUCAACUCAUCAACAAUAUCUUAAACUCUUAUGUCUCUGGCAAAUGCUUUGAAAUGUUGAAUCGUGAAAUCUAUGACGUCGACAGGUUUUACUGAUCAAAAAUUGACAAUAAACAAUUAAGCACUGUAGAUUGUCCAUCAUCGAGCUGAUGAGUCUUGUUUCAUUUAAAUAACCAUCGAUAGUUAUCAAGGAAUGCGUAUGCACAAGAAAUUCGCGAUCUUGAGGGCCAAUGGGUUCUACUUGAAUACAAUAACUACCUACUUGCUUAAUGUCAUUCAUAGAAUCAUCCUUUAGAACGACGAUCAAUGCUUCUUUGAAGCAUAGAAUCAUCCGAUUCGAAUCAUCUCGUCACACAAGCGUCGACAUCAGUUGGCAUGUGUCAGAAUGGCGAUAGACUCGAACAUUUUGAAAAAACGAGCAAGUUUACGCACGCACUUGUGUGACUUGCCCAGAACGUCUGGAAGUAAUUUGCCUAAAUUACCUCCGAACGCGAAAUUCUAUAGUCGUUGGAAGCGGAAUCUUCAAAAGCUCGUUCUUGUCUCCGCUCGACAUCCUUUGACACGAUUAAUCUUUCGCAGCCAGGCAGCUGUUGCCUUCGAAAAGAGAAGACACUCGAGAUCAUCUAAUCAAUGGAUGAUUCACCCUUGUAGUAUGUUGAGGUUCUACUGGGAUACGAUAAUGACUAUCACUUUUCUAUAUAUUUUCGUGAUGGCUCCACAUAUUAUAUGCUUCCACAGAAUUGGAAAGAAUAGCGGUCCCGAAUAUUGGAAUAUCGUGUAUCCUAGUUAUGCCAUUUGCAUCAUCGAUAUAUUUCUUAAUUUUAUUACUGGAUUUGUUUCCUCAGAGAGACAUGAGAUUAUUCUCGAUACUGCUUUAAUUGCACGGUGUGAUUCUGCCAUAUGUGAUAACGUAUAAAUUAAUUUUAUCAA